AUGUCCCCUUUGCAACAGGAGGAGGUCAAGUUCGCCAUGACAAAAUGGAAUAGGGAGGGGGCACCAGAAGAAAGUCAAGUAGUGAAGAACAACCUCAAGAAAACACUUGAAGACUUUUCAGAGCAAAUACGACGUACUAUGGGUUGUCGAGUGGUGAUGUUCAUUAGCCACAAGAAAAAAGCUAGUCAGACAUUGUCUGUCAGUCUACAUGAAACCGACCCUCAAAAUGUCAAGAAGAGGUUUUCUGUCAGCUCCAAUGGGAUUAAGGAGUGGACUGCAACUGGAUUUGAAUCCUUUGCAGAAUGGUCAAAGACCGAGUUUUAUCCUUCAGAUGAUCAGGACCUCGAGGGUUCAGACAAUGAGGAUGCUAUACCCGAAAUUAUCCUAGAUGACGAUGGAUAUGCCAAACUUCCUAGUCGUGUUGGUAUUAGCCUUAGGGGCCAACAUGAAUUUAUUAGGGGUAUAUUUCAUACUGCGUAUAAAGUCUGCACUGGGGGCUCUAGACCUGUGCCUUGGGGUGUGAUAACUGCUGCCUCGUCCAAUUAUUUGGAACAUGGUUCUGUUCCCACUGCAUUUGUGGUCAAAGACCCUUCUCAUAUGAAGACUGAGGAGGUAAAUCAUCUAUGGAACCAUUGGGAACGAAAUUCGGCUGCAAACAAGAAGCUAGUUGUUUUUGUCAAAGCCAAGGAUGGUGAUGUGCGGGCAAAUGUAAGGAAUGAAGAAAGAAAGAAGAAGUCUAAGGAGAAAAGAGUAAGCUUACUUGACUCAGACGAAGAAGACAGCGACCGGCUUCCUUCCUUGAACAGCUCUGAUUUCACAGAACGUAGAACCCAGCCGGCCGACACAACCCCAGAUGAUGUUUCAAUCGAUGAUCGAUAUGCAUUCCUCGAAUCUCUAAGCAAGAAUGACGACUACCUGGAGCUUAUAGAUGCCAUUAGGGAUCUGGCAAAGUUGGCCAAGCAGAAGCCAACUUCAGAGGAGAAUCCAGAUUUGCCUAUCUGGGCUAACUGGUCUUGGGGAGAAUCUUAUCUUCCUGAGGACAUGCAUGUGUCUUAUGACACUUUGAAGGCUAGCUUGGAUAAGCUACGAACAUCUCCAAUCUCAGGGGCAGCAUCUGCCAUGCCAGUGAUUCUAGGAAUUGGGCUCCUCUAUAGAGAGUCUAAACGCGUCAUAGAGUAUGAAGAAGAUGAGGCUGACCCCAAUACACCUUUCUACCUACCUGGUUCUGCUUUUGAUCUAGAAGUCUUGGUUUCUCUUGAUCAAGUUGUUCGGCAGGUCUUGGCCACAGUUGUUGAGCACAUAGAGAAGCUGGCAAAAGGGGGACUUGGUGAGGUGCCAGGGGAGGAAGUUGUUUUGACAAAGGGGAAGGAGAAGGUGAAGGAGACACAGGAGGAGGAGGAGCAGGAGGAGGAGCAUGAGGAGCAGCAGCAGGAGCAGCAGGAGCAGCAGGAGCAGCAGGAGCAGCAGGAGCAGCAGGAGCAGCAGCAGGAGCAGGAGCAGGAGCAGAAAGGGAGGAAGAGAAGAAUGCCCCAAGCUUCGACCAGUGAGUCUAAGAAGCCUAGGAUUGAGCCUGAAGUCCGCAGAUCAGGCAGGCCAAGGAAACCUUCUAAGAGAGCCCAGAACUGA